AAUGCCACUGGUCUUACAAUCACAAACCCACUGGUUCUAUACCGCAGUCUCAUUGCCACAAAGCGCAUAUCGCCAGACUCCAGCCAGCAUCGCUUAGCACUGCAUCUUCAAAAAUUAUACGAGAACCUCAUAGAUUAUGAGCCAAGUAUAGACUACUCGCACCGUCUGCAGCAACUUAGCCAUGCUAUAGCUGCAGAAGCUCGUGAUGUUUCGCCACCAAGAUCCGAGCCGGUAGAGGCAAAACCUUCUCUGGGGACAAGAGGGGUCUGGAGAUCCCUCCUUGCGCAGAAAGAGAAAAGGGAUUCCCUGGCGCUUACGCGAGUCUUCACGAGCCAUGAAGCCGCAAUGAGCCUUCAGUCCCCCAAAGGGUUGAUGCUACACGGCGAAGUGGGAACGGGCAAAUCCAUGCUGAUAGACUUGUUCGCCGACUGUCUGCCCAACCGUAAGAAGAGGCGCUGGCACUUCAACACAUUCAUGCUGGACGCACUAUCCCGUUUGGAGUUUCUCCGCAAGUCCAGGUCCGUUGACCGAGUGGAUGGCGCGUUCGGACUCCAGGACGAAUAUUCCCUGCUCUGGUUGGCGAAGGAUCUGAUAGAAACGUCGCCCAUCCUCUUCCUGGACGAGUUCCAACUCCCCGAUCGCGCAGCCUCCAAGAUACUCUCGAACCUCAUGACCAGCUUCUUCCAGCUCGGCGGGGUUCUCAUCGCUACCAGCAACCGGAUGCCAGAGGAGCUCGCCAAAGCGGCUGGCAUGGAGUUUGCGAGGCCAGUCUCGCGAUUGGGCAAGUUGGGAUGGAGACUGGGAAUGAACGGUUCCUCUGGAAGAAACGACGGGCCAGGCCAAGCGGGUGAGUUUGCGCAGUUCCUGGAUGUGUUGCGCGCAAGAUGCGAUGUGUGGCAGAUGGAAGGGCAGAAGGAUUAUAGGAGAUUGGGUGCAGAGGAAGAUAGGCGUGUCGCGUCGCUGACUUCUUCGGAGCCGAUAAAAGCCGCAGAUUCUUCUUCCGCACUUUGGACCAGCACCCCCAACUCUGAAGAUUCUUCUUCCGGAGCGGAUAGGGGGAUGGUUACACUCCCAAAACACUACCUCAUUCAUCCAACGCAAUCUGCCAACCCCUCGGAGCACGUCCAAUUCAUCACCUCCUUCACCAACGCUCUCCACACGGCAACCUCCACCCCUACCUCCGCUCCUAUCCCCUGGGUACCUAAGACGCUCACCAUCUACGGCCGCCCUCUGCGAAUCCCACACACCCACUCCGGCGUCGCCCUUUCCACCUUCGCCGAGCUCUGCGGCACCGCCCUCGGCCCCGCCGACUACGUCUCCCUAGCCUCGACCUUCCACACCGUCAUCCUCACCGACGUGCCCGUCCUGACCUGGAAAGAGAAGAACGAAGCGAGACGCUUCAUCACGCUGCUCGAUGCGCUGUACGAAGCGCGAUGCGCUGUACGAAGCGCGAUGCGCUGUACGAAGCGCGAUGCCGCCUCCUCCUCACCGCCGAGCGACCGGUCGAUGAGCUACUGGGAAGAUGGAUUUACAGCCGACGCCGACCCCGUCCACCCGGAAACCUUUUCUGAAAUCCAUCAGGAUCUGACAUCCCCUUUCCGGCCCAACAUCUCUUCCUACCAUUCCUCCUCUUCGUCCUCGUUAUCCCCGGCAGCAUUCCUCGCCGAGGACGCCCUGGAAGAUGACCCACCGAGCCGAUUCCGGCGGCCGGGCUCGAGCUUCACGGAUGAACGUCGCGCGACGGAUAGGGCGAGGGAGAGGGCGACGGCGAAGGCGCCCGAUUUCGCGGAUUUGACGGGGUUGACGGGCGAGGACGAGCGGUUCGCGGUGAAGAGGGCGAGGAGCCGCAUCUGGGAGAUGUGUUCGGGGCGGUGGUGGGAGGGGAGGGGGAGUCCGGGCUGGUGGAGGCCGCUGCCCGUGGAGUCACGGCAUUGGGAACGUCGUCCUGUUGCGUCGGUUGCAGCGGCAAAUGAUGGUUCGGCGCCUGCAGGAGGUGAGCACGUAGUCUCCGAUGCGAGCGAUUUGAGCAACAGAGAGGGCGUGCAGGACGACAAGCUGUUCGCGCAUGGAGCGAGUCCCUUCCGCACGAUGAGCGAGCCACCGCCUCGGAUCGGCUGGACGCAUGCCUGGGGCAUGAUGAAGUGGGGGAGGAGGGCCGGGGCUUGGGGGAAGGGGGUUGAGGGGCUGGAGGAGCGGGAGAGG